AUGGAUCAAAAUAAACAGGAACCAUCAGAGACCAUAGAUGAUUUUCAGAACAAUAUUACUGACAAUGAGUCAGUACUUAGUAAUAUUGACACAACCCCAAAAUUGGACGAUUUUGGAACGGCGCAAGAGAUGGACGAUCGCAUUCCGGUGACUGACGAUAAUGGUAAUGACGAUAAUGGCAUAGCAAAUUCGCCAAGCGAAGGGCCAAGCAGUGAAACUGAAACCAAUGAAAUCCCUAAGAUUUAUCGGCCACCAAAGUCCGAAGUUAUACCACGCAAAACACCAUAUUAUCCCCAAAUAGACGAUGAAGUAGCUUAUUUCCGUCAGGGUCAUGAAUAUUAUCUUAAUGCUGUGCGACAGAAUAAUAUUUACCAAAAUGUUGACGCCAAACCAUGGUCCCGAUUGGAUUUGCGAGAUUAUGAAUUUCUUAAGGUGAUUGAAAUCAAAUAUGAAACACGGCCGCCACGUCUUUGUUGCUUAAAAGUGGCACUGAUGAACAAUGAUGGAACGUUGAAAAAUCAACGAUUCACCAUAAAAUAUCAUGACAUGCCCGGUGUUUUGGAUUUCCUUGUAUUGAAACAGACAUAUGUUAAGGCCCUGAUUCACAUGUGGGCAACAGGCGAUCGUUUUCGUUGUAUGAUCGACAAUGUUUGGUGGAUGGGUCAAAUUAUAAGUCGUGUGCCAUACUCGGAAGAAUUUCCCGAUUCGUUGUUCAUGUGUUUCAAAAUUCGUUGGGAUAGUGGCAAGCUGCAGCGAAUGAGCCCAUGGGAUAUGGAGCCAAUUGAUAACAGUCGAUUGCCAAAUGAAGUUGGUGGUGGUGUUCCAGUUUUAGCCGAAGAAUUAAAAAUGAUACUUUAUCAACCGAGUGGCGACCGAGAUGGAAUCUGUUGUCGCAUUCUUGCCGCCCUUGAAGACGUGAUGCGCUUAGAAAUAGCCAAACCAUUUUUGACACCGGUUGAUUUAAACAUUUAUCCAACGUACGCAUUUAUCGUUGAAUAUCCAAUCGAUUUGACUACAAUCAAAGCACGAUUCGAAAAUCGUUUUUAUCGACGCAUUGCAGCCGCACAAUUUGACAUUCGAUAUUUGGCCACGAAUGCCGAACGAUUCUAUAAAAGUGACAACCACAUCGUUCAAAAUGCACGAAUCAUCACCGACCUAUGUUUACGAAUUUUGGAGUACCCAGAUUUGGAUGUGAAUGCGAUAUACCAUCAACUAAUGGCUAGUUAUAAAACUGAAGUGAUUGACACACUGAAAGGUGAGACACCGUCAACUAGUACUGACCGGCCGAUGCGUGCUCGACAAUUGAACCAUGCGCCGAAUGGUGUUACAUCAUCGCAAAUGAAGACAGCUCAAGUGGUUAUCGCAAUAAACGACCUGCCAAAACGUGAUCAAGAUGAGGACAAUUCGGUGCAAUCAACGGUAACUGAAUCACAGACACUGAACCGACCAAGCGGAUAUUCGACACGAGAUUCCGGCGUGAGCCAAAGAACGAAAGAACGGUCCAUUCGAAGCUGCCGAUCACGUAAACGGCCACAUUAUAAUGAGGAUUCCGAAGAAGAUGACAGCGAACGAACAAAACGACACGUAACACAGGGCCGUUCGGGCAAUCGUAAACCGCAGUGUACGGUGAACAAAGUAUGUUUCGAAGAUUAUACAUCAAACAAUGAUGGUGAUGAAGAAGCGGAACAGCAAAUCAGUAUCA